AUGCAAAUCUCUACACUUGCCUUUUUUGCCGUCUUCGCCACGGUGGCUUUUGCCAAGCUGCAUAACGCAGCUCUCUGCGUCAAGAAUAGACAGCGUGGCAGCACUGGUAACGGUACACCCUACGGGAUAACCUACGGUUCCUGGACAGACUACGAGAUCGACACUGCUGGAACCCAGUGUGCCUGCAACUACUACAAGAAUCGCAACACUGGCAACAACCAAUGGGACAGUUGCCCUGACUGUCACUUCGAUGGUCUCCAGUGCGUCUCAGACGCCUCGCACAUUGGUGGAGACGAGAUUACCUACUACUGCGAGAAGAAGUGCGGUACCGAGGGCGCUGAGGCGAGCUGA